AUGGAAACACGACUGUCUGCACGCAAACGCAGAAACAGUCUUAUCUCGGAUACAAGAAGCGAAUCUCCGAUCUCACACCGAACUAUUGAGCAUGCCGUGAAAAAUUCUAUUUCCACCCCGAAAAAGGCCAGGAAGCGAGUUCGAUUCUCCGAUCCCGGGCCUCGGUUGCUGGAUACUCCGGCUUGCUCUACUGGCUUGACCCCUGCGAUGAAGCGCACCUCGUGUGGAGAGCGAGGCACCGGCUUCUCGAGGCUUGGCAAUGGCACACCGAGUCGGCGAGCGCAUCGGCGGGGAUCUGCUCCAACACCGCGCGUCCAGCGGUCCUUCGAUCCAGUUGAGCCAUUCGAUGAAACAAGUACCGAAAGGGUGAUGCAGUUCACUCCUCUCCGCCAAAUACUGGACACUCGAACACAGAGGAGAAUCCGACGCUUCGGCCUGAGUGAAGAAAUCAAUAGCAUCGAGCGGGACAACCGGAGUUCUGUAAAAUUCGAAAAGACCCUUGAUGCUUUGCGGCAAGAGCGGGACUCUCUACAGCGCGAAUUGAUUGCUUUGAAACAAAGGCACGAAAUUUCGGAAGACCAGCUGCCUUCCGAUGAAUCUUUCUGGAUGUCUCCUCAGGUUCGCGUUCGUGAGCUGGAGCGUGAAACUGCACGACUGCGAGAUGAAAUCUCCGUGACUUCCAAUCAUAGACUGGACACCCCAGACCCAUCACUCGACAACGAUGGAGACACCUUCACACUCAAUGAUAGCGCUAUCAUCGUCUCCAACUCACCAGAUUUCCGUGGCAGGCGUGAUGACUACUCGCCGGUACCAGAUAGCCGUACGGUAUUCGAUCAAAAUGCCGACGUCUCAGCCCAGGCGCGGGUCAUGAAAUCCACAGAGGAUUCUGAUAUGCAGACUCUCACGUUCGAUCUAGAGGCUGCCAGAAAUGAGAAGAGAGAACUUUUCAAUGCUUGUCGCACGCACAUUUCGACCUUUGAGGGAUCCGGUUUUGGUGAUGUCCUUCGACAAUCAUCUCCACCUCCGGACUUUUUCGAUAAUAUCAGCAGUAUUUUGACUACUGCGCUUUGCCGUGCCUCCGAUGCAACUCAAGCACUUGAAGGUAUCAGCCAAGCAUGCUCCAGCCUCGGGUUUUCUGGCACCAACUCAGAUGGAUUGAUUGACGAUAUGAGAUCUCACUUCCGCUCUGCGCGCCUUGAACUUGAGCACGCAAUCCCUGGGGAAACUGCCAACGUGAGCCUCGAAGAUGGAAAAGCCACUCUAGGUGCCUUGGUCAAGCGUGUCAAGUCUCUGGCCAACGAUCUGAAAACAGAGCGCAGUCACUAUCAUGGCUCGCUCGGUCGCGAGAAGGCUCUUCGUGGACAGUUUGACAACUUGUUACAUCGGUAUGAAGCCGCCGCAAACAAAAUCAGCAAACUCGAAGAUUCCAUCGCUUCGUCUGCCAGCGAUAUGGUUCACACUAGAAUGCGAAUGCAAGACCUCGAAAACGAAGACCAAGAAAAGACCAUAGGGAUUGACAGAUUAAACGCCGCCCUGGAUAAGUACCACGAAGACGUGAAGGGCUUGGAAGAGAUGGUGGGCCAUUUGGAAGACGAGAACCUGGCCUUCAAAGAACAAUACAAGAGAAGAGUUUCCGGUCUUAAGGCGCAAGUGGCCAGUGAACGGGAAAAACGCUCGGCGAUGGAAAGUGCUGCCUCCCAAACUGAAUUCCGAAUUCGGCAGCUCGAAGAGACCGUCGAACAGCACCGAAUUCGUGCUUGCGAGCUUGCCACGGAGAUGGAGUUGCUCGAAAAAGAGCAUCAGGCAGUGAUUGAGCGCCUGGGGCAAAAGGCAAGCGAACAGCAGCAGCAGCAUGAGGAAGAGACAGGCACUCUCAAUGUCCGCAUCUCCGAACUCACUACGUCUCUCGAAAGUGCAAGGUCUGAGGCUCAUCUUCUGCGACAGGUCAACAACAGCCUAGAAGAGCAGCUCCAGAUGGAGAUCGAAGCUCGCGAUGAGCUCCUCGAAAAAUGGGCAACCGAGCAAGCGCGCUCAUUUGCCUUUAUGAGAGAAUCCGUCAACUCGGAACGUCGGCGAGCCAAAGUGCGCGCGGCAAACUGGGAGCUCAAGUCGGAUGAUCUCAUGUCUGACGGGACAACGAUCAUGGGAAGCGAGCCCAUUACCCCUGUUAGCAUGACUCGGUUCGUUGAUGUCGAAAUGGGGAGAGGUAAGAAUCGCCGUCGCAUGGAUAGUGGGAUCGGCAUUCUCUCCGAAGAGGAUUUUCUCGCAAAUGAAGGCCUUGGGGGAAUCGACUCUGACCUUGACCUACCAACCUCUGAUCUCAUUGAUACAUAG